GAUAGUUAGUAUGGUUGUCGCUAGAUGCUGACUAUUGACCGGCCGGCAAUCGGUUCGCAGUUGUGGUGGCGCAACCAGUCCACGUGGUAAAAUACUGUAGCCUUCGAACAUUCUAGUUUAUUUGUAAACAGUUCCUCGCGGAAGAUGGACGUUUACGACAACCGAAGAAAGAAUUGGGAGGACUUGGACGUUACCCGGGAGGAGAUUGAGAGCCUUACGGAGUGCUUGAAGAAGGAAGAGUUCCGGAAGCUAUUGAUUGAAUAUGCUGAGGAAGUAACUGACCCCGAUAAUAGGAAGAUUUACGAGAAGGAAAUUACGCAGUUGGAGAAGGAGCGGGGCGUCGACGUUACGUUCGUUAACCCAGAGCCGGGUUACGUCAUUAAGACCAGUAUCAACGGCGAGAAGAAAUGCUUCGUUAAUAUUAGUAAGAGUGACACUGUAGCGAAACCUACGAGUCAUCCAUCUCAGGUCGAAGGGCAUAGAGGAUUACAAUGGUCCAUUCCGUACACGUUAGUACCACCGCGCGAAGAUUUUGACAAAAAGAAUGUCCGUUGCACAGUGUUUGAUGUUGUCUUUCAUCCGGACACUCUUUAUCUCGCCAGUAAAAACGAACACUUUCGAGAUAUCGUUAACAGCACUGCUUUGGAUGGGGUUGAGAAUAAUUUCAAGGUGAAACUGGACAGGAAGAACCUGAAGUUUCCAAAGAUGAACUUCAAGGGUGUUACUCAACCUACAGUUAUAAGGAAACCUUCGGAGGCUCCGUCAAAGGAACCUUUAGAUAUGGAACCUGAAAUCUAUCAAAAAAUAAUGGCCAGUUACGAUGAGAACCGUGAUAGACAACUAAAUCAGGAAGAGAAACCACGUUCAAGAUCACCUCCACCGACAACUUAUUUCAAGAAGAAUGUGUCAAACUCUGAGAACAGCAAUUCCAGCUACACUGUGCCAAAGUUCACGAUAAAACACAGAUCCUGCAUAGAAUUGAACGAGUUUGAAAACCAUAGGAACGCAAGGAUGAAUUGUACAAUACCACAGAAGUUGGUGAUCGUCAUAGAACUACCCCUUCUAAAGUCAGCAAAUGACGCUUCUCUAGAUGUGCAGGAACGUUCACUCUGUUUAAGAAGCGAGAAGCCAGCCAAGUACCUCUUAGAAUUACCACUACCUUAUCGCAUUAAUGCAGAAGGAGGCGAAGCAAAGUUUGACACCAAACAUAAAAAACUUACCAUUGUCCUUCCUGUGAUUCGUACAGUAAUACCAUUGCGUGAUAGCAUAGAAGAUAGUGGCGUGGACACCGAUAAUGGAAGUCCACCACCUUGUUCAAAUGAUAAUGAUCGUUUAAACGGUUCCGUGUCUCCAUCUUCCCAAGAUAGAGAAACUGCGAAAGCGCCUUUGAUUAGCGAUUUGAUUGAAGACAGUGCAGUGUUCAACGAUAGAGCUUUACGGACUAGCGAUUCCGACAAUUCAAUAAUUUCUUUUAUGGACCCUAACGUUAAAUAUUCCUUACCGCCUUUUACUUGCAAUCUAUAUGACAAUCUCCUAGCAAUUACUGUUAAUGUGAAAAACGUUGAUCCCGAGUCUAUUCGUCAUAGAACUCUGGAUAAUGAUUCUGGCAUCCACGUUCUCUUGACUUCUAUCGGUGCAGGAUUUUAUCCAGUCUGCUAUUCAUUAUGCCUUAAGAUACAUGACCAUUCGGUAGAUCCGACCAGUCUCACGGUUGAACCUUGGGACAAUAACGUCGUGUUUACACUUUCUUUAAAAAAUUCGAAUGACAUAGGUAGUUACAGCGUAGGCCUGAACGAGGAGUUUAUGGAACAGAAAGAUCUGCCAGCGGCGACGUCCCUGAAGAAGAAGUUCGACGAGCUUAUGGUUGCCACUGAACCAGAGACUGACCGAAGAAUCGAGGUAAUAGCCGAAGGGGACGAUGUCGUGGUAAAUAUUUCUCCGAAACAUAUUGAUUCUGACGAGGAGGGUGAAACGGGAGACGAACACAUGAAAAGAGAACACAGGAAACAGCAUCUGACAAAGUCAAGAUCUGUCUCAGAAAGCAGUGGAGAUGAACUACCCAACAGUGCUUGCAGUACGAGAUCCAAGGGCAUCCUAAAGUCUCGUAGGACACAUGGAUUGUCCCGAUCGGUAUCAGAGUCCAGUUUCGACGAUAGCGCAAUGCUUGCUUCUUCAACUGAUCUGCAUUAUGAUUCUGUACACGAUUUUAAUUCAGAAUCCGAUUGCUCGAGUUUUAAGAAGACAGUGCGAUUUAACGACGUGGUGUCACGUCAAUUAUAUAGGUCGAAUUCCAGCAUUUUGGGACAGCGCAAGAAGAAUCAGCGUAAGUUGAAAAACAAGAAAAGAGCCCACGAGCGACGUGUGAGCGAGAGUGAAAAUUCGGAGACUGAGGAGAAAGAUAAGUAUAAGGUCAACACGAAGGAAUCUUCAGAGUGCUCGGAUGGUCCCGAAACUGUCAAGCCAAUCCUGAAUCGUGAUAAGUUAUCAGAACAUCGUAAAACGGCCAGUAUGGAAAUCGAUGCGCGGAAGAACAGUACAAAUCCUAUACACAAGUGCAAACGUAGCAACAAAAGUAAAGAGAACGACGAGACACUGUGCGAUGCGGAUAAAGAAAACACUAAGGAUAUCGUUAAGACAGAAUUCAAGAAUGAUCUUAUAUUUGAUCUUGAUAUGUAGAUGGACGUAAUUCCCUCUGUUACGAUAACGUAGUUUACACUCUAAUAUUCCCCACCACUACCGUACAUAUAGGGACGAUAUCUUUGAACGCGUUUCUUUACACAGAUUUUACCGAAGCGAUCAAUUUUCAAAAUAAUAUAGUUCUAGAUUCAAGAUUCCGCUUACUGGCACAUCCGGCUAGUAAUCGUGACGUCUUUUUAAUAGCGAUUCUCACCACGUAGGAGGAUCUAUUUUCGCGAAUCGGUUUUGAUUCCACGAUCAGGUUGGUUUUUAUGAGAAAUUUUUUAUAGUUUCAUACGUCGAUAUACGGACCUAUGUUAUACAACAUUAAUUUGUACAUACGGAUGAAUACUUAAAUUAUACGGAAGAAAAAGAAUACUAAAAUCAUGCAUUUAUCAGAAAUUUUUACAUCGAAUCGAUAAUAGUCGAGGAAUCGAACCGCAGAAAAAAACUAAAGAAAAGUACUUAUCCGAUACCCAAAAUCUACUUUCAAAAAGAUAAAAGUCUCAUCCCGCGAUACAUAAAGUUUAAAGAAAAGUCGUAGAAUAACAAUAAUAAAAAAAUGGCGCGUAUUCAAUCAUGUACUUCCCAGGGGACGACAAAAGAUUUUUUUUUAUUUAAUACGGUAUACUCUUGUUCCUAUUGUAUUAAACGAGUGGUCACCAGAUAAAUAAAAUAUCACGUUGAAAACGUUAAAAACUA